AUGGUCACCAAGGCACACCCUUGGGUGUUGCCAAACAUAUUGUCUUUUUACGCAUUGCCCUUAUCUACGAUUGUAAAUAUAGGACUAACCAACGGCAUCUACUGCCAGGAUCUCUUCAUUGCCUACAAUGUCUACCAGGCAUACCAGAUGAAGCUACAACAGAAAACUAUGGACAAGCAGGUAGAGCUGUAUAAGCAUACGCUGCUACAUAGGCAAGCUGUUAAAGAAAAAAAUAAAGGGGUUAAAAAGGUGGUAGGAAUUAAAAUCGUUAGGCCUCUCUCGGAAAGUAUGUAUCAUACUGACCUAAUCUCUACUAUUUGGCUAGGAGUGAUUCCUUUUCAAUACCCCUUGGUGAAUAAGAAGUUACAACUACCCAAGGAAAGGAUUAAUAGACGGCGCCAUUUUGUGUUGCAGUUUAAAAACGAUAAAGGCGAGUGGGUCAAGCUGUCAAACUUUGUAUUGGUGGAUUUUUAUAUCUACACAAUGUCCACAUUCAACCAAAUUGAUGCACAAAGGUCACAACUAAAAACUAUGGCUUUGGAACAUAAAUUCGUGGUGAUUAGAGUUUGUAAACGUGAUGAUGAUACCUUUUGUCCUGAAAAUACCUUCUCUUCACAAGUUUUAAUCGAUAUAGCGAAUAGGAAAGCUUCGUUCCUCGUGAAUGUGGGAUCCAAAUCCUACCCAUACGGGUUAUCUCAUACGACAAACGAUAUUGUGAAUUUAUGCCCAAAUGGUGAACCCCCGGAUAAAAGUGUCAUUGACGAUAUGGUCAAGAUUUACGUCCCAUUGGUGAAUAGGGAUAUCCUAACACCCAUGCGCAAAGAUCAAUCGUAUUUACCUCUGGAAAAUGUAAUCACCGAUGUCCAAUACCCCCCGAUGAUCAUAUUCUCCACGGCAAUCGUUAUCCUGGCAAAUACUAUAGCCCGUAAAAUGGGCUGCGUUAAAUAG